CUUGCAGCAUAAAUUCAGAAGCUUCAUUGAUGGAAUUUUUUUUUUUUUUCAUUCACUAAGAAAAGAAAUAAAAGAAAUAAUUUUUUUGUUCCUAAGAACAAUAGCAGCUCAACUUUCCUUGCUUCUUGCAACGCUUUUCUUCUCUCUAGCCUCUAUCGUUCUUUUUCCCACUUCUUCCUUUUCUAUUUCUGCCUUUUCUCCAACAAUAACAACACUAUUCUUUUUAAUUUUGAUUCAUCUGUGAACAAAAAGCUUUCUUUCUUUGAGAAACUGAGGAUGCCACAGGAAUCCUCGUCCGAGACAGACCCGGAUGAUUCUGAUGCUGAGUUCGUAGAGAUUGAUCCCACUGGUCGUUAUGGUCGGUAUAAAGAGGUAUUAGGCAGGGGUGCUUUCAAGAAAGUAUACAGAGCAUUUGAUGAAUUUGAAGGAAUAGAAGUAGCUUGGAAUCAAGUUAAAGUGGCAGAUCUAUUACGUAAUUCGGUGGAUUUGGAGCGUUUAUAUUCUGAAGUUCACUUGCUUAAUACUUUGAAGCAUAAAAACAUUAUCAAGUUUUACAAUUCGUGGAUCGAUACCAAAAAUGAGAAUAUCAACUUCAUCACUGAGAUUUUCACUUCUGGGACAUUGCGGCAGUAUCGGCAGAAGCAUAAGCAUGUAGGUCUAAGAGCAUUGAAGAAAUGGUCUAGGCAGAUCUUAGAGGGACUUUUGUAUCUUCAUAGUCAUGAUCCACCAGUUAUCCACAGAGAUUUAAAAUGUGACAACAUCUUUGUUAAUGGAAACCAAGGUGAAGUGAAAAUUGGUGACUUGGGUUUGGCUGCCAUUCUUCAGCAAGCUCGGUCAGCUCAUAGUGUUAUUGGUACACCAGAGUUUAUGGCACCAGAGCUUUAUGAGGAGGAGUAUAAUGAGCUUGUUGACAUUUAUGCCUUUGGCAUGUGCUUGCUAGAGUUGGUGACUGUUGAAUAUCCAUAUGUGGAAUGCACCAAUGCUGCUCAAAUAUAUAAGAAAGUGACAUCAGGAAUUAAACCAGCAUCAUUAGCGAAGGUGAAAGAUCCUGCUGUGAAAGCAUUUAUAGAAAAAUGUAUUGCAAAGGUCUCUGAUCGAUUGCCAGCAAAGGAACUUUUGAUGGAUCCCUUUCUUCAAUCAGAUGAGGAAAAUGAAAGUGUUGGUCACUCUUUACGACCUAAAGCCCAUUCUUCAGGUGGUAGUUCUGAUCAGAUUGAUGUUAAUGAAAUUGCCAAGGAUUCUUCUGCUGAACCAAGCAGAGAUUUCACUGUGCAAGGUCAGAGGAAAGACAUUAAUACAAUAUUUUUGAAACUCAGGAUAGCUGAUUCCACAGGUCAUAUCCGCAAUAUCCACUUCCCAUUUGAUGUUGAGGUAGAUACAGCAAUUGCAGUUGCUAGCGAAAUGGUGGAGGAGUUGGAUCUGACUGAUCAAGAUGUUUCAACAAUUGCUGCUAUGAUUGAUUCAGAAAUUCGGUCCCAUAUUCCUGGUUGGGCUUCCCACAAUGUUUCACCAGAAAAUUUAGUUGCAGAGGACUCAGAACCUCCUUUUGAAACUAAGGAUGACAGUUCACCUUUGUCAAAUGAAUCCAUUCCCUCUCCUGGCAGUCUUGUAUUGGAAAGAUUGCCUUCAGGUCGUAAGUAUUGGUCUGACUCACCCAAGGACGUUGAUGGAAACUCUCCAAGCAAGCUUGGACGUUCAAACUUGUAUUGUCACGAGCCAUCUCUAAGUUGUCCAAAUGCUGCUCGGUCAAAUGGACAGUUGGAGGCUGAGAGCAUGUCCGAUGAUGAUGACAGUGCAAAACAUGGAAGUAACAGAUCUGAUGAUUUGCAAUAUGCUAAUAGAAACAGCACAUCUGUCAAGAUCAUUGCUGAGAAACUUGAUAAACUUCUGGUAAUGCAGCAACAAGAGCUAGAGGAACUAAAGAGGAAGCACAAAGUAGCCAUAUUAGACCUUCUGAAUGAAGUGUCUCCAGAAAUUCGUCUGGAUGUUUUAAAUAUAUGUAAACUGAAAAUACCUGUUCAUGAAAUGCCGUGAUUCAGUGCGUGCUUUGUUAGAGAUACGGGCUACCCUAUAGAAUUUGAAGUGCAUUCCAUUGUACAUCUUCAGCUUGACAAUGGAUGGUGAGUUGGUAAUUAAGCAUACUCUAAAAGGUUUUCUACCAGUCGAAUGGAUCAAAACAUCACUGAGUGCUCAGAUCUUUAUUACAGAAGACCUGCUGCUUGACAUGCCUUGAAAGGCAAUGCCUGUGAUAUCGAGUCAUGAGAGACGAUAGAGCAGAAUCACAGCAUGAAAAUAUAGGUGGUGAUCAAUUCCACAUGUGCACACGAAACAGACUCGCAGCACAAUAUCUUACAUUAAUCUCUUAAUUGAGCUGCAGGGAGGAGGCAAGGUCUAGCAAGUCAUGUAUUUUUGUAAAAAUUCUCACUUCACCCCAACUCCACGGUUUUAUAUACUUGUACAUAUGUUCCAGUUGAUUGAAUUACGCUGAAGUCUUGCUGGUUCACAAAUUUGUUGUUGGGGUGAUGGCGUUCGCUUUUUCUCAUCAAACUCGUUAAGCUAUUUAAUGCUAUGAAGGGUGUGGAUUGAAGCACUGUUUUGCCA